CCACACAUCGGACACUUGUAUUCAGCAAUCAUUGCCGACACUAUCCAUAGGUAUCACCGAAUAUGUGGCAAAAGUGAGACCAUAUUCUCGACGGGAACCGAUGAAUACGGCAUCAAAUGUUGUCAAGGCUUCAGAGAAGCUCAGACUACCGAUGAGUUGCACCGAAGAGCUGUUCAAACCUUUUGGACCACUCUUUGGAACAAUGGAUUCAUUCAUAAGUCUUCAUACGAGGGCUGGUAUUGUGUGUCUGACGAGACAUUUGUCACCGAAUUACAGGUUAUUACGAAUGCAGACAACGUUAAGGUUUCUGCAGAGUCUGGAAAUCCUGUCGAGUGGUCUUCCGAAGACAAUUAUAUCUUCAAAUUGAGUCAAUUUAAGGAUCAGAUACUCGAUUGGAUCAACAGUGGAGAUACAGUGAAACCUUCAGUGUUUGCCACAAUCCUUAGUCAUGAGGUCGAGAAGGGAUUGCGAGACAUAUCUGUAUCCCGACCUAAAUCCAGACUCAGUUGGGGUAUUGAAGUCCCCAACGAUUGCACACAAGUUAUAUACGUCUGGUUUGACGCUCUCAUCAAUUAUCUAACGGUUUCGGGAUAUCCAAGCGAUGAGAAUCACGUCUGGCCACCAGAUUGUCAAGUCAUUGGCAAAGAUAUACUUAAGUUUCAUGGCAUCUAUUGGCCGGCAUUCCUGAUGGCCGCUGGACUCAAACCUCCCCGUUCUCUGCUCUGUCACUCCCAUUGGCUCAAAGAUGACAUCAAAAUGAGUAAAAGCAGAGGCAAUGUUGUCGAUCCAAUUCACUGCAUCAAUCAGUAUACCAGCGAUGGCUUUAGAUAUUUCCUUCUGAGACAGGGAUCUCUUCACACCGACUCGAACUUUACUGAACUUAAAGCAAAGCAAUAUUUGAACGCAGAAUUGGCCGACAAUUUUGGUAAUUUGUUGAAUCGAUGCACAGCUAAAGCCAUUAACAAAAACCAAAUAUAUCCCAACUUAUCAUUGAAUGACUUCAAAUCCAUUGAAAGCGAAUCCUUUGAACUCAUAGAAAGGAUACAAAAUUUAGCCAAAAAUUGUGAAAAUCAUUAUUUAAGUGGAAGUUUUCAUUUAGUAAUCAAUGAUAUUAUGGAUUGUUUGCGACUAAAUAACAUAUUUUUCAAUGAAACCAAACCCUGGCUUUUGGCGAAAGAAGAGACUGAAGAACAGAAAUUACUUUCAGUUCUUUACAUCACUUUGGAAGCACUCAGAGUGUCUGCAAUACUACUCCAGCCAAUAGUUCCUAAUAUUGCAAAUCAAGUCUUAAACAAAUUAAAUAUAAGUCCUUCGGAACGCAAUUGGAUUAAUGCCGAGCAGACGUUCCCCUCCCAAACCAUUGACUCUCAACAGAAUAAGUCAUUGAGUUCCCGGAAAUCAAUAGUUUUUGCUAAAAUA